AGAAGCGAAAUUUCGAUUUUUUCCCCAGCAAAACUCUGGACAGUUCAGACUAAAGCUGCAGGAAGAAGUGAAGAGAAGAAAGGGCGAAUUGGCAAUGCAAAUUCGGAGAUGAGCUCUAAAGAGAACUGUAGGAAUGAACUUCGAACUGCGAUUCGCCAACUCAGCGAUCGUUGUCUUCACCCUGCGGCGAAAUGGGCAGCUGAGCAGCUUGUAGGAAUUGAGCAAGACCCGGCUAAGUUCACGCCUGCAAACACCAGAUUCCAGCGAGGAAGCUCGAGCAUCAGACGGAGAUUUCGAACUAAUGAGAUAGCUUCCGCCACGCCUCUCACGCCGCUUGCCGGUGUUUCAUAUGUUUCCACUCCAGUAAUGGAAGAAGACGAGGCAGUGGAUAACGAUUUCUACCUUCUGGGAAAAACCUACUUCGACUGCCGGGAGUAUAGACGGGCUGCCCAUGCUCUCCGAGACCAAACUGCGAAGAAAUCAGUUUUCUUGCGUAAUUAUGCUCUUUUCCUCGCCGGAGAAAAGCGCAAAGAAGAAGAAUCAAUUGAACUAACAGGGCUGGGAAACAGUGAACCCACGAACUGUGAGCUGAUCACCAUUGAAAGGGAAUUAUCAACCCUUCGGAAGAAUGGCACGAUCGAUCCAUUUGGGUUGUACUUGUAUGGUCUUGUGCUCAAAGAGAAAGGUAACCAGAAUCUUGCUCGAAUGGUGCUUGUGGAAUCUGUGAACUGUUACCCUUGGAACUGGAGUGCCUGGUCAGAGCUACAAGCACUAUGUUCAACUCCUGAGAUCUUGAAUGGUCUCAACCUCAGUAAUCACUGGAUGAAGGACUUCUUCCUUGCCAGUGCUUACCAAGAGCUCAAAAUGCACAAUGAAUCCCUGGUCAAAUAUGAAUAUCUACAAGGAACUUUCAGUUUCAGUAACUAUGUUCAAGCUCAAAUUGCUCAAGUGCAGUAUAGUUUAAGGGAAUUUGAACAAGUCGAGGUGAUAUUUGAAGAAUUAUUGCGAAACGAUCCCUAUAGAGUGGAAGAUAUGGAUAUGUACUCCAAUGUGCUGUAUGCAAAAGAGUGUUUCUCAGCCCUAAGUUAUCUUGCUCAUAGGGUAUUCAUGACGGAUAAGUAUCGCCCUGAAUCUUGUUGCAUUAUUGCCAAUUACUACAGCUUAAAGGGGCAGCAUGAGAAAGCAGUCACCUACUUUAGAAGGGCACUGAAGUUGAACAAAAACUAUCUUACUGCUUGGACGCUUAUGGGGCAUGAGUAUGUCGAAAUGAAAAACACCCCAGCUGCUGUUGAUGCCUACAGAAGGGCAGUGGACAUCAACCCCCGUGAUUAUCGAGCUUGGUAUGGUCUAGGGCAAGCAUACGAGGUGAUGGGAAUGCCUUUCUAUGCCCUUCACUAUUUCAAGAAGUCGGUCUUCUUGCAGGCGAAUGAUGCCCGGCUGUGGAUAGCCAUGGCCCAGUGCUAUGAAACAGAGCAGCUCCAGAUGCUGGAGGAAGCAAUCAAGUGUUAUAAGAGAGCUGCAAGCUGUGGUGACAAGGAAGCCAUUGCCUUGCAGCAGUUGGCCAAGCUGCACCGUGAACUUGGCCGGUUUGAAGAAGCGGCCUUUUACUACAAGAAGGAUUUGGAGAGGAUGGAAGCUGAGGAGAGGGAAGCUCAGAAUAUGGUCGAAGCACUGUCGUUUCUUGCUGAGCAUUGUAGAGAAAUGAAGAGAUAUGAAGAAGCAGAGGUGUACUGUGCUCGUCUUAUGGAUUAUGGUGGCCCGGUAAGUUUUUACUCAUUUAUUCUAUAGAUCUUACAGUGGAUUGGCCAAAGAAGCCAACUCUGUUUUACAAAGAUCAUGAAGAUGAUGGAUGUGAGUGCUUGUCUUCUUUGCACCAUUGCAGGAGAAAGAAACAGCGAAGAACAUACUGAGAGGAAUAAGGGGUGACACCAGUUUGCCAUCAAUGGAUGUUGACCAUUUCCGUCCUUGAUCUUUGUCUCUCUUGGAUUGACAAGCCGAAUCGAAAUGUUUUGCUCUUCUGGAAUCCAGUACUUUUGCCAUUUGUAUCUACCAUUCAAAAAUUUCAAUGUCAAUGUCUGAUGCUGGCCUGUUUGAUGUAUCACUAUCAUGUCCAUUCAUGAUAGAUUGGUAUAGAAGCAUCAUAUUUCCUUGAAACAUAGUCACACACCGUUGGUCCUAGUUUUGCUAUAUCCUUCCUGCAUUUACACAUUAAUUGGUCAAACUCAUAAUUUUUAUGACAAAUAGCUAAGGUUUGGUUCAAUGUAUUUGUAAAUAGUUACUGUUUAUCUCAA